UUAGAAAAAAAGAAUAAAUGAAGAAUAGUCAACCUUGUUCCAUUCCAAGUUCCAACACUGAGAACACAAGCAACAAGGAGAAGCUGUCCGAACGAUCUGCAAGAAUGUGAAAAGUUAUUUGAGAGAGAGAAAGAGAGAAAGAGAGAGAGAGUGAUAACCACUUUUUUCUAAACAGAUUAACCAAUUCUGUUUCGCUCUCUCACUAACAAACUUUAUUCCUCUUCCCUCUUCGCCGCCGGUAACCGGACUUUACUAUUUUCCGCCCAAACUUGCCUCCGUCAUCGGAAUUCACUCGAUUACGAUUCUUCCAUUUAAUCAUCUAUCACCCGAUAAAUGAAUCGCUGACAUUCAGUAACAGAUUCUACGCACACCAAAGCAAUGGCGACGCUGAAUAAAGAAGCUGUCACCGCCACCACCACCUCCACCGCCACCGCCGCCGUCGCUGCAGCUCACGAAGUAGGAGAAGAGAAGAACGGCAUAAACCAGGAGCUAUGGCAAGCUUGUGCUGGUCCUCUUGUUAAUCUACCUUUAGCUGGAACUCAUGUCGUUUACUUCCCUCAAGGCCAUAGUGAACAGGUUGCAGCAUCUUUGAAGAAAGAUGGCGAUGCCCAAAUACCAAACUAUUCCAAUCUUCCCUCUAACUUACCGUGUCUCCUUCACAGUCUCACCUUGCAUGCAGAUCUAGAAACAGAUGAAGUGUACGCCCGGAUGACACUUCAGCCAGUGUCUUCUUUUGACAUGGAUGCCUUGUUAAGAUCAGAUAUUUCUCUCAAAUCAAGCAAACCACAACCCGAGUUUUUCUGUAAACAACUGACAGCGAGUGAUACGAGUACUCAUGGAGGUUUCUCUGUACCCCGCCGUGCUGCAGAGAAAAUUUUCCCUCCUCUUGAUUUCUCGGUGCAACCUCCUGCUCAAGAACUUGUGGCAAGGGAUUUGCAUGGUAAAGUUUGGAAGUUCCGCCAUAUAUAUCGUGGACAACCGAAACGUCACUUGCUUACAACUGGAUGGAGUCUAUUUAUCAGCGGAAAGAAGCUUUUAGCUGGAGACUCUGUUUUAUUUAUACGAGAUGAAAAGCAGCAGUUGCUUUUGGGUAUCAGACGAGCAAACAGGCAACCCACCCAUUUAUCAUCCUCGGUACUAUCAAGUGAUAGUAUGCACAUAGGAAUUUUGGCUGCAGCAGCUCAUGCUGCCGCAAACAGUAGCCCCUUCACCGUGUUUUAUAAUCCUAGGGCCAGUCCUUCAGAAUUUGUUAUUCCAUUGGCUAAGUACUACAGGGCAGUAUACAGCCACCAAAUAUCACCUGGCAUGCGCUUUCGAAUGAUGUUCGAAACAGAAGACUCAGGAACAAGAAGAUAUAUGGGUACAGUUAUAGGUGUCAGUGAUCUAGAUUCUGUGAGAUGGAAAAAUUCACAGUGGCGAAAUUUGCAGGUUGGUUGGGAUGAAUCUGCAGCUGGGGAAAGGCGAAGCCGGGUCUCAAUAUGGGAAAUUGAACCUGCGACUGCCCCAUUUUUCAUAUGUCCGCCUCCAUUCUUCAGAUCCAAGAGACCAAGACAACCCGGAAUGCUUGAUGAUGAGCCGUUUGAUUUCAGUAACGUUUUCAAGAGUACAAUGCCUUGGCUUGGUGAUGAUAUGAGUAUAAAGGAUCCCCAGGGUUUCCAUGGCUUGAGCUUAGCUCAAUGGAUGAACAUUCAACAAAAUCCUGCUCGGUCUAGUUCAUUGCAACCAAAUCACGUGUCUUCCAUGUCUGGAUCAGUUCUACAAAAUCAUCCCGGCGCUGAUAUUGCUCAUCAAUUGGGUUUUUCUAAUCAACAAAUCUCUCAGUCAAACAAUGUCAAUGCUCCAGGUAUACAUCAGAAUUCCCAACAACUCGAUCACCUUCAGAAGCUGCCAUUCACAUCUAGUGGAUUGGGAACAGCCAUGCAGCCAGAGCAACAGUUGUGUAAUGUUUCUCAAUAUCCUAGGCAGAACAUGGCAAAUCAAACUCUACCACAGAGUCAAGUUCAGACCCAACUUCUGAAUCCCCCGAGUAUUGUCCAAUCGAACAAUAUUCUUCAACCGCAACAACCAUCCAUUCAAAACCAUCAACUCCAUAGAAGUCUCUCUCAGAACCCUCCACAGCAGCUUCAACAAACUAUAAUGAGUCAGAACCAACAGCAAAAUAUGAUUCAACACACUAUACCUGAUCAUAUUAAUCAACAGUUUCAUAUGUCUGACAACCAGGUUCGGCUUCAGUUGUUACAGAAGCUUCAACAGCAACAACAAACAUUCUUGGCCCAACAAUCUGCAUUGCAGCAGCCUGCUCAACUUAUUCAAAACCAAGACCAGCAGCGGCAACUUUUAGAUGCAACACAGAACUCUAGGACCGUAACUCCUAGUCAAGUGUUGGAAAUUCCUCCUUCACUUCAAAACUCACUACCUGAAGCUAAUUCUAUGAUCCACCAGAUGGCAACUCCUAGUAGCCAGAACAAUAUUCAGUUCUCUCAUCCAUCCCAGCAACCAAAGCUUCAAUAUCAACAACAGCAUACGCAACCCGGGUUGCUGUCUAAAAUGUCUAGUCGUGUUGGACUUCCUCCUGCAACUACAAUUAAUCAGUUAUCUGCUAAUGGUUGCAGUAUACGGACUGUAGCAACUGCAACAGCGCCAUCAGUAAUUACUGAUGAUGUCCCAUCUUGUUCCACUUCGCCUUCCACAAAUAACUGUGCCAGUGCGCUUCCUCCUGUGACAACAACCCAGAUCCUUAGGAGCACAAUAGGGGAUGACAUGGCUCAGUCUGCUGUAACAAUAUUGAGUCAGAAUGCCUUAGAAACCAUGUCAUCUAAUGCAAACGUGGUGAAAUAUGUACAGCCAAAGUAUGAAGUUAAACCUUCUUUAAACAUGUCUGAAAAUCGCAAUCAAGGGAAUUUUUACCCGCAGGCUUGCUUGAAUGGCGGUGCUGUGCAGACUGAUUGUUUGGAUACAUCAUCUUCUACAGCUUCAGUUUGCCUUUCUCAGAGCGAUACACACUUUCAUCAGAAUGACAGCCAGUUACCUUACAAUCCACAGUCGAUGUUUUGUAGGGACAACAUUCAAAACGUGGAAGUUCAGGCUGAUGCUAGGUGCAAUGUUGCAUAUGGCAACGGCAAUGAGCAAAUGAGAAUGCCACUGAAUUUAGACUCUCCGGUAACCAAAGGAACAACAAGGUCGGGCAAGGAUUUGUCAAAUAAUUUCUCUUCAGGAGGCUUGCUUGGGGGAUAUGAAAAUAACAGUGGUGCUCAGCCAGAACUUUCAUCUUCCAUGGUUUCACAUUCAUUUGAACUCCCUGAUAUGACCUUUAAUUCAAUUGAUUCCACUGUAAAUGAUAGUAGCUUCUUGAAUACGGGUCCAUGGGCUCCACCGCCGCCGCCACAGCAGUUUCAACGGAUGAGAACAUAUACCAAGGUAUAUAAACGUGGAGCUGUGGGAAGGUCCAUAGACAUAACAAGAUAUUCAGGAUACGAGGAGCUUAAACAUGAUCUGGCUCGUAGGUUUGGUAUUGAGGGACAACUGGAGGACCGACAAAGGAUAGGAUGGAAACUUGUUUAUGUAGAUCAUGAAAAUGAUGUUCUGCUAGUAGGAGAUGACCCUUGGGAGGAGUUUGUUAUUUGUGUCCGCUGUAUUAAAAUACUUUCUCCUCAAGAAGUUCAACAGAUGAGCAUAGAUGGAGAUUUUGGAAAUGGUGGCCUUCCAAAACAAGCUGGUAGCAGCUCAGAUGGUGGUAACACUUAAAUGGAGUCCAGGAAUUUGCUAACUAUUCUUCUGUGUUGGUAACUUAAUUUAUUAGGAGACAGAUUAUUAUUGUUGCCCCAAAUGUAUUUAUGAUGAUGCCUUUGUGGGGGGUUCUUUGGACAUUUAUGUCCUGCUUCUGCACUGUUUGAAGUAAUCUUUUGCAGUUAAAAGGAAAGAUUCUAGUUGGCGAAUUUGGAGAGCCAAAACAAAUGGUGGGGACAGUUGAUGUCUUGCAACUUCCAUGAAGGUGUUAUAACAUGAUAAUGAAUCAAAUACUUGGUGGUGCUCACGCAUAUCAGAAGCUAGAUGUUUCUUAGUCAUGCAUAUAAUGUGUUGUAAAGUUAGAACAAAAUUUCUGUUGGUAUAGUUGAAAUAUUACAGCAUAGUUCAGUGUAUCUGCCUUUGAGAGGAAUUCAUGUGACAUUUGAAUUGAAAGGUGGGGCCUUUUGGUUCCGGCUUUUGUAAACAUCAUCAGACAGCUAGAUUAUGACCGUUGGAAAAAAUUCGUUUUCCACUCUAGCCCUAAUGCUAUAAGUCAUGUGUGGUCAAA